AUGUGGGGAUUUGCCAUGGAGAUCGGCAAUCAAACAUUGAGUUGGGUGAAAAAUCGAGUCAACGGCGGCAAUAAAGCCGUGCCGACGAUGUGCGAGAUUGGAGGAUUGGUGAAAGACUACGCGGUGGCCAAUUUGGAUUCCCUCAUUUCGUGCGCCACCAAGUACAAUCCGGCUACUGCCGGAAAGUUGGCCAUCGAUGCCACAUCGGCUAUGCUUAUUGUUACGACCAGCGGCUUCAACCUGCAAACAAUCGCUGAUGGCUUGAUUUGUGCCGUUUUGGAGUGUCUCAAAGGUCCAUAUAAAAAUCAGUUUGUCCCGAAAUACAAGAAAUGGAUCACCACUUUGGACAAGACCACCAUUCAAAACAAUGUGUGCGAUUUGUGUGUGCAAUAUUUGCAAACAAAGACACUCCUCCAGUCGUGUUUCAAUAGUGUCAAAGCGAGAACAACAGUGAAACAGAUGCAGUCACUCUACGAUAAAUACGUUCCCAAUUAUGCGGGAGCGUAUCAAGGAUAUCGAGACAAGUCAACGGUCGCUUGCCAAACGAAAGCCACAUCGUGCGGUUGCAACAUCGACGUCACCGAUGCGAUUAAUGCCGGCCAAAGUGCAGUCGGA